UUUGCAGGUUUACUUUUAGAAAUUUGACAGACAAUUUUAAGGAUAGUUUUUUAUCUAGUUUAACAGAAGGCAUUUCAAUCUGCAAACUAUUCAGGACAACUAAAUAAAGAAGAAGCAAAAAGUCAAGUGUGGCCAAACAAGUGUGGUUACCUUAGUUUACAUCAUUGGCUCUUCAUGCAAUGAAAGGCUAGUACAAACCUCAAACGAUUUAAAAGGAAAUCAACACAGUGACAGUUCUUGCACACUUUCUUGUAACCUGCACUCCUAAUACUUUGAGCUGACAACGAUGAAUCCUAUAGUUCACCCAGCAGAGGCUGUUCCAUUACAGGGAAGGUAUGAUGGGCAGUUUGGGCAGUUUGGACAGCUUGGACAGCCUGGAGGACCUACAUUGGUUCAGUACACCACUGUGAACAUGACCACUGAGUCCCCCAAGGACCACAUCAUCUGGUCCCUCUGCUGCUUUUUGUACUUAAACCCCUUCUGCCUCGGACUGGCGGCUCUCAUCUUUUCUAUCAAGGCCAGGGACCGGAAGGUGGUUGGAGAUCUGGAUGGUGCCCAAUACUAUGGCUCAACUGCCCGCUGUCUCAACAUCUGGGCCACAAUCCUGGGUGCCAUCAUAAUGCUUAUUUCCAUUAUUACAAUGACUGUCAUUGCCGUAAAGAUACAUCAGAUGUUCAGUUCAAACAGCCCUUACAAUCCCAGUUACAAUGACAAUUACAGAGGCUAAAUUUCAAUAGUGUUCAAUGAGUGGCCUGCUGCUGUGGCUUGGUGGUACUUGUAUUUUUCUACUUUGUGCUCAUGGCACAAUUUGUCACUUUUUAUACCUUUUUAGUAAUAUCCUCAAUUGAAACAGAUUCGCACUUGGAUAGAAACGUAGGCCUAUCUCACCAGAUUUAAUGAUGUCAAUAGUCACAUCAGAUUGGUCACUUUGUCUGCUUACUACCAUCUAAAAUAUAUUUCUGUAAUCAGAGGAGCACUGUUCAAGCAAGACUUAGAUAAGCUUACACACAACUUUAUUUCCAGUAGAUUGGAUUACUGCAAUGGUCUGUUCACAGGGCUUUCAAAAGAGGCUCUUCAGCAACUCCAACAUAUUCAGAACGCCGCUGCCAGGGUCCUCAUAGAAACUACAAAAUACGAACACAUUACAUGUUCAAAAUAUAGUGAAGCAGCAUUCUGUGUACAUGGAACACAGUCCUGGAAUAACCUACCAGUUGAUAUUUGACAAGCCCCGACUGUGAAUGCAAAGUAAAUACAGAAACUAUUACUUUACACUGCCUACUCCACCAAGUAAAAACUUUAUAUCUUAGCUUA